GACCAAUGUCAUUUUCUGAAAGAGGUAAACGUCUGCCUCCUUCAUGCGGAUUAAUAUGCCUCCAAUGGGGAACAUGUAGCCCGCGAAGAAUUUAUGUGUGUUCUAGUUUAUUAGCGUUCUGUCUUCGUAUUGGAAAGGUGUAUCUUCCUGCAGAUUGCCUAUUGGUUAGAACGUUGAACUAGUAACCGAAAGGUUGCAAGUUCAAAUCCCCGACCUGACAAGACAUUUGAUCCGUUCAGCAAUAUGGACGGCGAUUUAUUCAUGGAAUGUGAGGAGGAGGAGCUGGAGCCAUGGCAACAGAUGUAUGAUGACGUGGAGGAGGAGUUGGAAUUCAUAGAGGGCGACAACGACAACGUCUGUGAAGCCUCCUUUUUCUCCUCGACAUCCCGAGAGACUCCAAUUCCCAGCAUACCCUCCCUCACUCCCUCAGCUGCACAACGUGUCCCGGCAACGGUUUCCAACACAAUCCUGUCCUCCUCCUCUGUCUUGCAGCGCACCACUAGAGCACCUCCUGUGUCGUCAUCAGUGUUACCUCAAUUUAUGGUCCCCACGGGAGUCCCUGGUAUGCCCUCUCUGGUACCAUCUGGCAUGGUCCAGGGACAACAGCUGAUCCAGAUCCAAACCCCUACAGGUCUGAGCACCAUGCUACUGCCCACAGCUGUUAACCCUGGUGCCGGCCCGGCCAAUGCCCAGCAGAUCUACUUCACCCAGGGUUUCCCGGUCCGAAACGUCAGGCCUGGGCAGAACCCUAUGGGGAUAGUUCUGAAUUUACAACAAGGCCAGAUGAUUCGACCCAUCACCCUGCUCUCUGGACCUGGAGGGCAGUUCUUUGCUCCGUCUAUGGGGAUGCCUCAGGUUGUGACCCAGCCUGCACAGAUUAGGCCCACUGCUGGCCCCAGUGGUGUUUUACGGCAGGCGGUGCCCAGCACCUUUGCCACUAUGCAAAUCCCUGCCACCCUCACCAUCCGCGGGUCCAGUCAUGCCCCCCUCACCACCACGGCUAGCACCAUGGGCACCCGGCCCACUCUACUCAACACUUCCUCACAGCCUCAGAUUUUGAAAUGGAACCAAGUCCCAGUCGCUCUCCAAUCGCAGCUUCUGCAGAUCGUCAAGAGCAACAGCCAGGCCAAUGUACCCGUGGCCACGCCCCUGACACAGGGCAACACCAAAGUUGAUCGGGAGGUAAAGAUAUGCCCCCGAUGUGGAGCCCAAUUCAAAAUGCAAGAAGCACUUCAAGGACAUAUGUGUUUCUGCUGUCCAGACCUGGUCAUUACUGCUGGGCCUUCCAGCAGCAGUGGCACUCAGAACCCCCUGCCAGAACUGGCUCCCAGCUCCAACCCAGACCCUCCGCCUAAGGUGGUUAUGCUAGUGGAUGAUUUCUACUAUGGCCACUUCGCGGGGCAACAGUCCCUGGUCGACAGCCAGCCCACGAAGCUGAACUAUUCCUUCAAAUGUGUCAUCUGUCCCAAGAGGUCCAAUAGCAACAUUAGGCUGAUGGACCACAUGAAGCAGCACCCAGAGAUGACUAAAUGGGUGGACCAGCUGACCUCCUGCCAGCACUGCUUCCGCCAGUUCUCUACCAGCGCCCAGCUCCAGUACCAUGUGGAGAAUGCCCACGGGCCCACUCAGUCUUCCACUUGUUGUAAGAUCUGUGAGUGGGCGUUUGAGAGUGAGCCUGUGUUCCUGCAUCACAUGAAGAACACCCACAAACCAGGAGAGAUGCCCUAUAUUUGCCAGGUGUGUCGGUACCGGUCUUCUUUCUUUUCUGAUGUGUACAACCACUUCUGUACCAAUCAUGCAAAGACGUGCAACCAGCUGUGUGUCUACUGCCUGAAGGUGUUCAAGAGCCCCAACUCCUACCAGCAGCAUUACAUACGACACCAGGCCAGUAGAGCGAGUCACUGCAACAAGUGCCGUUUGCAGUUCCUCUCUGCCACGGACAGGAUGGAGCACAAAACCCACAGCCACAGGACCUUCCGCAAACCCAAGCAGCUGGAGGGGCUCCAACCUGGGACUAAAGUGACCAUCAGGGCAUAUUCCCACCACAAGGGACAGUUGCCCAAGAAUGUACCUAUGGACUAUAAGACGACAGGCCCCACUCCUCAGGCGGGCCAGACCUACACAAACAUACAACAUAAACUACAACAUCAGUCCAAACCACCUCCACAAACAACCAGAACCACCAUGAGGAAAUCCAUCAAGCAGUUGGACCUGCUCACCAAGUUUCAGAAACGGAGUGUGUCUCUAGUCAAGCAGCGAUGCAUGGAGUGCAGCUCAGACAUACCCAGCUUCCCCGACCACUACCCCACCUUCGUCCACUGUGCUGUGUGCCCCUACAGCACCUGCUGUUCGCGCUCCUACGCAGACCACAUGAUUACAAAUCAUGCACCACGUAUGAAAACCAACCGGGUCCCCCUGCACAAGCGGCCUCCCCCUUGCUAUUUGAAGCUGCGGUGUGAGCUCUGUGACUUCAGCUCUCAGACAGGGGACCUUAUGGCCAAGCACCUGGCCCAGGACCCAAGUCACGGCUCCAGCACCUGUACACCAAACGAGUCUCUGGAGUCUGACAUUGAGUUCUGCCAAGAGGAGGAGGACAAAUCCAGGGGGGGUGUGGAAGUGGGGAGGUCUGAAUGGGCGUUAAUGGAGAACUGGAGAGAGCCUCUGCUGAGAGGCACCAACGCCGCAACUAUCCUCGACUUCACAGAGAGCUGCGGUCCUCGCCAGUCCUUAAACAAAAACAGUGACGCUGUCGACUACUUCAACCUGCUCUUUCCGUACUCGCUCAUGGAGCUCAUCGCCAACGAGACCAACGCCAAGGCCAAGACCUGCCAGUUUCUUGGGCAGCGUGACCCGGACUGGGUCCCUGUUGCCGCUCACGAGAUCAAGGGCUUCAUAGGUCUCAGUAUCCUCAUGGGCCUUCAGAGCCUCCCAGAGCCUGCCAACUACUGGUCCUGGCAGCACUACGACAACUGCCACACCUUCUUCAGGGCCAUGUCCAUCAAGCGCUUCCAGCAGAUCUCCAACAACAUCUGGAUGGGUAGUCUGCUCACCUCCAUGGAGGAGGAGGAGGAGGAGGGGGAGGGCAGUGGCAGCGACAGGCUGCGUCUCUUCAGACCUAUGCUGAGCAUCCUUGGCGACUCCAUGUGGGAAGCCUACCAACCCAACCGGUGCCUGGCCAUCGACCGGGCCCUGCUGCCCAGCCUGGAGACGGAGGCCGGCCAAGCCAAAGGGAACCCCAAGGCCCAACCAGGGGUGUGGCUGCUGUGUGACUCCAAGUCUGGCUACUGCCACCGACUGCUCAUCCACAUGGGGAGGGAGAAGGAGAAUGAGCUGGGGUUCAGUGUAGUUCCCCCCUUAGUGGAGGGACUCCAGCAGAAACAUCACCAGCUCUUCCUGGGUAGCUCACUGGCCUCUGCCCCUCUCAUGCAGAAGCUCUUGGACCAGGGCAUUUACGCCUCCAGCUCCUUUCCUCCACCAAGUCCCAUCCUCCCCAGGGAGCUGUGGGAGCAGGGUCAGCUGGAGAAGCCUGGGGACUUCCUGCAGAGGCAGUUGGGUCCCCUGCUGGCCACCCGCUGGAAAGACACCAAGGAGAUGGGCUGCCUGUCCACCAACGCCAGGCCGGGGCAGCCAGACACAGUGUGGAGGAAGUCUCAAACCAAAGUGGGCGAACUCAGCCCCAUCGAGCGGCCCUUAGCCUUCCGACUUCUGCAGGAGAAUAUGCGAGGAGUGGACAUCUGCAAACAGCUGCUUGCCUGCAACCCUCUAGGAGGGCUGCCACUAGACAAGCACUGGCGCAGUCUCUUCUGGUUCCUGGUCAACCUGAGCAUAGUCAACGCCUUCAUAGUGCUGCGGGAGAGCCGCAAAGAGAACCCACCGUCAUGGGUGCAGGGCGGACUCUUUACCCAGGCAAACUUUCGAAAGCGCUUAGGGCACCAGCUAGCCAAGUGUGCAGAGAGACAAGCACGCAUCCACUCUGAGAAUAAAGAGGGACUAGCGAGCGUACGAGAAGUUGCCCUGCAAGGCAAUCCAAAUAAACUAAGGCACAGAUUGGUUAAACUCACCGCCAAGACCAAGAGAUGCAAGAACUGCAACCUGAAGAACCUGCGCCAUGAGAGCGUGUUUGGAUGCAUCGUUUGCAAAGCCAACCUGUGCAAGCAGCCCAGCUGCUUCUGGGAGUAUCAUGGCUUCUCACCCCACCACUCAGGCUCCCCUAAUGUUGGAUUCAUCAUGGAGGACAUGAGAAACACCACGGGAGCAGACCGCUUUGACGACAGCAGCGAGUGGGGUCCCUUAGGGCCGGAGAGUGACCUGGACGAGGCAAUGGCCCCAGUGGAGGACAUGGGCACAGACACAGACAAUGAAGAAAUGGAGGUUGAAGGUCUUGGCAAGGACGUUGAUGAAAUUGUUAAUGAAGGAGAGUCUAAACAGCAGCCUGCCGUAUCUGACCCUCCCGUCACCCCUCCGACAGUACGCCCGGUGGUAAAAGAACGAGAGGACACCCUCUCUGUGCGUCUGCUGAGGAUAGUGCUGUUCGCUCUGUGCUGCGGGGAACGUCAAGCCGCCAAGCAGCUAUCCACCCAGUCUAAUCUCAUCCGGACCUGGCUGAAGAACAAGGAGAAGCAGCUGGAACGUGAUGGCCGGGGACCCGGCAAGGGAGAGGCGGUGGAGCGCAUGGUGGAGUGGGUCAUGGCCCAGCGAGAGCAGCAGCUGCCACUCAACGAGAAGAACCUUUUUCAGAGGGCUUCUGAGAUCCACAGCCAGGACGGUCACAGCAGCGCCUUCCGCAUCUCUUACGACUGGGCUGUGAGCUUCAUGCUGCAGCAUAGCCUUGGCUGGCAGGCUGUUGGGCGGACUGCCACGGUCAGCUGCCGCUUGCCACGCUCCAUGGAGGACAACGCUAACUCCUUCACCAAGUUCACCCGCAAGCACAUCCAGGCCCACGAUCUGCCCCACACAGGCAUAGCUGCCAUGGACGAGCUGUCUGUCUUUGUAGACAUUGAGGCGCUUGCGGAUCCAGCCAAAGUGGAUAAAGAAGAGGCUCUCCAGCUGGUGGGAACCAGGGAACCUCUGGUCACCAUCUAUCUUUCAGCGCUGGCCGAUGGCACCAUGCUACGCACCCUGGUCCUAAUCAAGGGGCAGCUCCCCAAGAUGCAGGGCACAGGCCUCCCCAACUCUGUCCUGCUGGAGGCCAAGGUGGAGGGAUUCACCAGGGACGAGGAGUUGGCUCUGUGGGAGUCUCAGGUGUGGCGCCAACAUAUGCUGGACCAGAACAGGAGUACCAAAGGCAUGCUGAUCCUGGACGGCCACCGUGGACACGUGUCUAAGGACUUCUUGACCACCCUUGGUGCCACUGGCACCCUUCCGGCCGUGGUCCCCGCUGGCUGCACCUGCCGCCUCCAGCCCCUGGAGAUGUGCCUGCGGCCCGUGCUGCAGAGUUUCUUGCUGGCCCGCUGGGCCCGGCUGGCUGCCGAGGGUGGGGCAGCAGGGGCCACACACAAAGACCUAGUGCAGCUGCUAGUGGCCUGGCUAGUGGAGGCCUUGUCCUACCUAGAGGAACAGCCUGAUCUGCUGCGACAGUCCUUCCACCUUACUGACUUGGUCCCUGGGCAGCGGGACCAGGAAAUGACCAAGACUCUGGCAGAGACCCAGUCAGAGCUGAUGAGUACUCUCAGAGAUGCCCUGCUAGGUCCUGAGGUUCUGGAGCCAGAGUCACCAGCAGAGCGCGAGCAGGAAGACAGCAGGGGUACAGAGGACAUGGAGGCUGGAGAAGAGAGGGUAGAUGAGAAGCAAGAGACUGGAGAAGAGAAGGUAGAUGAGGAGCAAGAGGCUGGAGUAGAGAGGGUAAAUGAGGAGCAAGAGGUUAAAGAAGGGAAGGUAGAUGAAGAGCAGGAAAGUGAAAAAGGCACAUUAGAUGAGAAUCACAAGGUAGCUAUAGAAAUGGACACAACAAAGGAUAACAUCUUGGAAAAGGGAGAAGAAGAGAUGGAGCCGCUGACAGAGAGCCAGGAGGGUCCCAUGAGGAGGUCUCCCCCUCUUAGUCCUUCCCUUUCACAAACUCUGAGUUGAAUCCUCCGGUCCUACUCAAGAACAUCUGCCGUGUUGCCUUAGGCCACACAGCCUGUGGGUCUUCCCUGCAAAUGGCCACAGAAGAUUACAGUGCAUACUGUUGAAGUACAAUUGGUCAACCUUUUAACCUUUUUUUAUGUCAUCAGUGUGGGGAAACUGAGUGGGGAUCCCUUGUUUGACUUGACAGGUUCUAUGUUUUGCUUUAAUGAACACUAUGACGCACAACAGACUGGAUCCAAACUCCAUCAACCGUAAGGCAUGUUCUUGUGGUGUUAGAAAUCAAAUCUAAACAGAUCAUCAACUGAACACAAAACAUUUUAAGGUGCUAUACUGUACAUUAAUGCAUUCUUAAUUCAGUUUGAGAAUAUUUACUAUGCAUUGUUUUGUAUUUUCUAAAAGUUCAAUGCCUUUUUGACAGAUUGGUGUUGGUUUACAAAUUUGCCCCCAACUUUUUCUUCCUUAUCCCUUAUUGCACUCAAAUGACUUUACAUACAUUCUUUCCUUACCUUGAAAGUAGCCUAAUCUAUGGGCUAGAGAGACUCAGCCAUGUUGCUAGAAGGCUAGUAAUGACAGCCUACAGCUAUAUAGAGUAUUCUAUUUAUCUUAAGGACUUAUAAACAAAUGUGAUUUGGGUGAACUACCAUGUUCUCUUGCUUGUGUCUGUCAGAUUGUAGUACUGAGGAAGGGUUGACAAGCUUGAGAAAUGUUGGGAAUGUUGAAUUCCUUAUGGAGUUACAUAAUAUCUAAUGCAUUUUGCAGAUGUCCAAUAUGUUCUUUAACAAGUAUCUGAACUGUACCUCAUUUGUCACAGUCAUGGACACACAGAGAUGAAAUUAAAUUCAUCCUUUCUUUUCUGA